UCUAAAAUAACUCAUUAUUUCUGUUCUGUCUAUCGAUUUUGAUUUCAGAAUUGAGACAGAAACUAGUCGCGUUCUAUGUUUUUAUAUGUAAGCGUCCAUGGAAACUGAAACUUGACUUCCUUCCUUUUGACUUCUUUUGGUCAGUGGCUAGUUUUUCAAAUAGAUUGAACUUCCCCACAAUACUGACCGUUGUGGAAUGAGUAGAAGGUCACAUUCGUCUUCCUCGAAAAGCAGUCCUUCUCCACAUGAAUCAAACAUGACUCAAGCAGGAGCAGAGACCCUGGUGAAGGGGAACAUCGAGGAGUAUGCGAGAAUGAUGAAGAAAAUGGUCAACAACAAGGAAUUCAGUGACCUGAAGUUCCUCAUUGGCCCUGGCAGAAAGGCAGUGUACGCCCACCGAUGCCUCUUGUCCGCAAGAUGUGCUGUAUUUAAGGCUAUGUUUGCAGACAAAGCUGGAAAUGUGGAAAAGGACGUCCCACUAGUACUGUCAGAUAUGUCACCGGAGAUCUUCAUAACAAUGCUGGAAUUUAUUUACACAAACUGUGUAACUUUGUCUUCCAAAAAUGCUAUUGAUGUGCUGGCAACAUCUUUGGAGUAUGGCCUUGACGAUCUGAGAGACCUUUGUGUUGAUUACAUGGAGGAGAACUUGACAAGCACAAACGCCUGUGAUGUUAUGCAAGCUGCCGUGACCUACAACCAGAAUGACUUAAAAGAAAAGACGAUGGGUUUCAUCGAGGAUAAUUCAGGGGAUGUUUUCAAAUCCAAGAGUUUCCAGGAAAUCAGCGAAGACACUUUGGUCUCUAUACUGAGGUCCAGUCGUUUGAGCAUGGAUGAAUUGGAGUUGUACCGAGCGGUCAAGGAGUGGGCAACAGUUAAUUCCGUGGUCAAUGGGCGGAAAGUCCAUGAGGUAGCAAGGGAGGCAGUCAAGCAUAUCCGUCUGCCAUUAUUGUCUGCAGAGGAACUCACAGGUCUUGAAGAUGAGAGCAAAAAAGACAGUUUUAUGCCGGUGGGUUCUUUUGCCUACGCUUGGAAGCUCCACGCUCUGAAACAGGGAGAAAAAGAAAACAUUCUGUCCAUCCGGCGGAGAGGAACGAGUCCCAGGGACCACCACAAGUAUCUAACAGACCAAAACUCAAAGUGAAGUGACGUUGCAGCUCUACGAUUUUUGCUCCCUAACAAUGAGAGCAUAAUAUCAUUAGAUGUCAUAUUCUCUCAUUCCUCAUUCCUCCCCACAAUUAUUGUAUAAUUCGUUGCAUGUGGGAUUAUUCAGUCUAUAUGCAUGUCCACUGCUGAGGUACUUCACUAGGAAAUGGAUUUUCUCCCUAUCAAUAAGAGCAUGAUAGAUCUCAAAAUCUCUCAUUCCUGCCCCCAAAUGUAUAAGUCAUUCCAUGUGGGUUUAUUCAAUGUACAUGUAUUUCCACUGCUGAGGACUUUCACUGGAUGCAGUUUUGGUCCAGAGUUUGCAUUAUGGGUAUGUCUGUUAUAAUUGUAUGCAAAGAUCAGUUACAAGAUUUUACUAAAUCAUUGUCAAAGUGGCUCGCAUCACAGGCCAAAAUGCUGUUGACAUGACACAGCUUUAAUAUGAGGUCUUUAGUCAUUUUAUUGCUGUCUCAAUACAUUAUCACAAAAGAUUCAUAAACUACUUGUGCUUUUUACCUGUAUGUAACUGUUCAAUACCGUGCCACACUAGCAGCAUUCAGAGACCAAUGCAACUCUUGAUGUGUUUGUCAACCAUUGAUAUCUCACUUACAGAAUGUAUAUCUCUCAAGUCCGGGGGUUUUUUUGCUUUGGUUUUUUUUUUCACUUUUACCUGGUGCAGGUAUUGCUGUAUUUGCUGUGUUCUCACCAGAGUGAGGGUCACAUGUGUGUAAAUCAGCAUUUCGUCGCGAUUCUUCAACAUUGUAGAGAUUCAAAGUUUCAGAAAAAUGAAAAUCAAAUAUGUCGUAAAGUUUGAUGAGAUUCAUCCUCUGGUCCUAGUUUGAUGAGGUUCAUCCUCUGGUCCUAGUCUCUUUUUUCUUCUUGCUAUAGUAACUGAUUUAGCUGAGUUAAAGUUUUUGUAUCAAGAUAGUGUCCUGGGAGAAAUAAAACAAUUUUUGCUUCUCCUGAAUACCCUGUAUUUUGACACAUGACAGUGAUGAAUGAUGGCGACUGUUUGUAAGUCUGUUGGUUCAAGACUUGUUGCUGCUUCUUUUGUCAACAGUAUCAAAUCCUCUAACUAGAAUGUUGCACUUUCAAGCUUAUUGAUUUAUCAAGCAUUGUUGUUACCAGCUGACUAUUUGUCGUUAUUGUUAAAUUCAUUCUUAUUGAUUUGUCAUCCACACUUUUAUUUGUUACUACAAUUAUAACAAGUAUAUAAUUUGUACUGACAGUAAUAUCAAAAUCAAAUGACUUGUGAUAUUCAAAAAUCUGUAUCAUUUAUGAUAAUAAUGAUUAUAUACCUCUAUAUAUAUAAGCUACAAACUAAACAUGAACCUAUACAAUAUUACUCAACCCUCUACUUUUGAGAAGCAUACAUCCCUUUUGAAAGCAAUACAUGUCAUAAGUUUAUCCUGAAUUUACUUUAUACAAUUUUUUUUUUAAUCAACUAAUUCAAUGUAGAAUAAAUCCUGAUUUAAUUUGUUAAGUUUCGUAAUUUACUGGUGUGAAGUCCCAGCAAAGAGUUGUCACUUUAUUUGAAAGAAGUUGUAGAAAAUUUUUCAGGAAUGCACAUUGCCUUCUUUGUAAUCUGUAGAUAAAUAUUGUUUUGGACAUUUUUGGAGACCAGAAUUAAAGAUGUCAAAGAAAACAUCA